AUGCGGCGUUGCAGACACAAACCUGCAGAGAUGAAAUUCGUCAAGUUUUUAGGAAAGGGUUCCUACGGUUCCAUCCAUCUUUUCAGCAACACAAAAGCCGACGGCUCAUCGUUUUACAGCGCCGUGAAGGUUUCCGAUGAUUGGACCAUCGAGAGAGAGUUUCGAAUUCUGACGGAACUCAAGGGAUGUCGUAGAAUCGUCCAACUGUUUGAGAAGACUCUUGUUCAAGAAACCGAUCACAACGGAAACAGAGUCUACAAGAUGCCGAUGGAGUACGCAGCUGCUGGUACUCUGAGCAAUUUCAUCCAAAGAAACAGAAACUUAUCGGAUCCGGUUAUCAAAGACUUCACUCGGAUGAUUCUUCAAGGAUUGGUCUCGGUUCAUCAUCGCGGUUAUGUCCAUUGCGACCUUAAACCGGAUAAUCUCCUUCUCUUUCCGCAUUACGAUAAGGAAACGUGGGAUUGCUCGUACGAACUGAAGAUUGCGGAUUUCGGGUUGUCGUUGAAGGCCGGAGAAGAGGAAUCUGAUUGCUGGGAAAUCGACUCGCCGUUUGUGGGGACCCCUGUGUACAUGUCGCCGGAAUCAGUCGACGACGGCACCGUCGAGAAAGCCCUAGAUUUGUGGUCCUUGGGUUGCAUAGUGUUGGAGAUGUAUACCGGGAAGCAUCCGUGGUUUGGGGUUAAUGUCAAUGAUCUUCAAGGGUUUUUAGCCGACGGAAAAGCGCCGGAGAUUCCAGAGACGGUGCCGUUGGGUGCAAGGCAGUUUCUGGAGAAGUGUUUCUCAAUUGAACCUAAGGAGAGGGGAAGUGCUUCGGAGUUGCUGCUGCAUCCGUUUUUGAUCGGAGAGGUGAAGAUGGCUGAUGUCGCCGGCGGAGAGACGAGGCGGAUGGGGCUGAGAACCAGAAAACCUCCGAUGAGAUUCGAAGAUGUUAUUAUUACAAAGAAGCCAUUGAAAGUGAAGUUUGUUUCAUCUAAUCUCCCUCAGUUUAAAAAGGUAUCAAAUAAACCCCUGAAGCUGAAGAUUCUUCCUCCGAGACCCCCAAAAUCCAGUUUUGUUCCCGUUCAUUAG